AACCAACCUUUAAAAAAAAAACAAAAAAAAAAAAAAACAAAAUUGUUCUUCAUAUCAUCUUUGUUUUUACUCCAAGAAAUUGGGAUUUCUGCUCUUUUUCGGCGCACCUUCUUUGGUCAUUCCAUUUGCAUCUAAUAAGUCUUCUUCGGACUUCCUUAUAGUUUGCUUCUCCAGAAUUUAUAAACGAAGAGGAAUGAUAUCGUCUUCCUUCUGCUCACUUUUAUAUCUUGGAUUGGAAGGGUAAAAUGGUUGCAUCCGAUUCGAGACCCAAUUCUUUUGGCCAGACCGAGAUUAACUGGGAUAAGCUUGACAAAACUAAGUUUUAUGUUGUUGGAGCUGGAAUCUUUACAGGCAUUACAGUGGUCCUCUACCCAGUUUCUGUUGUGAAAACAAGACUGCAGGUUGCUUCAAAGGAUUCUAUAGAGAGAAAUGCAUUUUCUGUUUUAAAAGGAUUGCUUAAAUCAGAUGGCUUUCCUGGUCUUUAUAGAGGCUUUGGCACAGUCAUAACUGGUUCAAUUCCUGGAAGAAUCAUAUUUUUGACUCUGCUAGAGACCACAAAGGUGGCUGCCUUAAGAGUUCUUGAACCGUUUAGACUGACUGAAACCACACAAGCAGCCUUAGCAAAUGGAGUUGCAGGCAUGACAUCAUCACUUAUGUCUCAAGCAGUGUUUGUUCCUAUUGAUGUGGUUAGUCAAAAGAUGAUGGUACAAGGAUACUCAGGCCAUGCUCAGUACAGUGGAGGUUUGGAUGUUGCGCGCAAGGUUUUAAGAUCUGAAGGAAUUAGGGGAUUGUAUAGAGGGUUUGGUCUUUCUGUUUUGACUUAUUCACCAUCGAGCGCUGUAUGGUGGGCAAGUUAUGGUUCAAGCCAACGGUUCAUUUGGAGAUUGAUUGGACAUGGAACUGAAUACGAGGAAGGCACUCCUAGACUUCAGAAAUUGAUGUUAGUUCAGGGUGCUGGUGGGAUUAUUGCUGCUGCAACUGCAUCCUGCAUUACAACCCCAUUGGAUACUAUUAAGACACGAUUACAGGUGAUGGGACAUGAAAAGAGAAGCGGUAUGAAAAAAGUUGUUAAAGAUUUAAUCAUUGAGGAUGGCUGGAAAGGUUUAUAUAGAGGAUUAGGUCCAAGAUUUUUCAGCACGUCAGCAUGGGGUACUUCAAUGAUCUUGGCUUAUGAAUAUCUGAAGUUGUCCGGCAGUGCCCAUAGACUCAAGUAGGUGGAUGUUUGGAGCAGUUGACAGAAUUAAAAAUGAAGCCAUUGUUCAUUUUUCUUCCUCUUGACGAAUAUUACUUCAGCAAGCCCUUGGUUGUUAAAUAGGGACAUCAUUCUAACAGAAAAAUCAUGUGAUGUAGAAAUAUACAGUUGUGGGCAUCAAAAUACUUUAAUUUGACUAGAUACGCCAAUUAUCAUUCAAUUAGACAUUAAUAAUCUCGCUUGUGGUUAAGUAGUUUAUAGUAAGCUAUAUUAUUCAUUUGUUUAUUCAGUUUUAGUUGCUGUUUUUAUUUGGCUGAGGUUUUUUUCCUUUUAAAAUUUCCUUUUCCAUGAUGAACUUUGCUGUUGGAUUUUGAGUUAACCUAACAAACUUCUGAAUUAGUGUACAGUAGAGCCUUUUCUGAUUAUAUAUCUAUCUCAACC